AUGACGGAAGCAAGGAUACCACCAGCAGUUUACACUAAGACGGAUUGGAAGAUUAUCAAUGGACUACCCACAGACUUUGCUGUCUCGAUCUUUGCAGACCGCGUAUUUAUUGCCGUGACGCAGCUAGGCACCUUUGGCACUUUGCUUGAAGCGUAUCAGAAGGACACUAUUAGUGGCAAAUUACAAUCGGAUAUCCACGUUCGUCUUGGGCGGCGCGACGAUCCGCUACUUCUCGUCUAUGCUCGCCAAUUGCUGGAACACUUUGGUGUCCCUGUCGGUCUGCCCGUCUUGGUGGCUAUCGGAUUGAAAGAUCGGUCGUCACAGACGUUUGAGGUUGUGAUGAAGUGCGUUAAAGAGCUUUUCAGUCAGGCUCGCAAUGCACAAGCCAAGCAGUAG